CAGUCUUCUACGUAUCUCGCAGUUCAUGGCGUUCUUGUGUCGUCUGUCGCAGUUUCACGAACCUCGAUCGAAGAAGGUUUGGACUUGAGGUAACUCCGUGCAAUUGUGAAGAAAGAACAAGGAAUCAUUGAAAAUGCUGUCACGCCAGAUCGUGAGAAAUUUCAUGACGACGGCUGCUCGUCGAAGCGGCCCCGAUGAUUUUCACGGCGGUGUUCCCGGAGGAAACCUGCCGUUCGGCAUCAACAACAGGUACAAGCUCACCGCCUACUUCGUCUUAUUCUUUGGCAGCGGUAUCGGGAUCCCAUUCCUUGUUGUUCGUCACCAGUUGGUGAAGAAGUGAGCGUCACCAUUAGGGAUAUAAUAUGUAAGUAUAGAGAAUCUAGUUACGCCAGAGGUAGUGCGAGAAUUCCUGAAUGGGUAACGAGUAUAUCUUGAAAGGCAUUUUGUUAUUGUCAGGUAUGACUAUAAGGAAUAAAGAAUACAAGGAUAAAAUAAAAUAAAAAGUAAAAUAUCAAUAA